AUGCCGCGCCGGGCCGUCUCACCAGUCGCCUUGGAGACAUGCUCGCCCUCGCCCUCCGAAAUCGACCCAGAAAGUGAUCUUCUGGGAUCUGAUGAGGAGUUGAAUGAUGAGGAGCGCGCUGCGAAACGACAGCGCAUCGAAAAGCUCGCCCGGGCGCAUCUGCAGGGUCGACCUCUGUUUAUACUUUCUGCGUCGCUGAAGGGUCCGUUUGGAGAUGGCUGGUCGAACCCGUGGAAGAAGAAUAGGCGCAAAAAUCAAGAAGUGAAUCCCGGUCGAACGGAGCGAAAUACUAACCGGCGCAGGGUAUCUGCGAGCCCUGAGCCGGUCGUGCAGGAGACGGAUCCGCAACCGCUUCGAUUCUCGAGGAAUUCUGUAUCGGGAUCUCGUUCGCCUGCGAAACAAGCACCAGGUCCGGGAACGAAGCUGUCCACCAAGCCCCUUGUUCCUGAUUCAGCAUCACCGACACCGAACGGAGCCAGGAAGACCAAGCCUCCUUCCGCCCGGCCUGCGAGAACAAGUGAGAAGAGUCGACCGGCUUCUACAUCGAAGUUCUUCGCAAACACCAGCAAUGAUCAACUCCCUGAUAUCGACGAACAUACUUUCGCGAAGAUCGAGCCGACUGAUUGGCUGAAGCGCGAUGGACGGCGCUCGAAUUUCCAUUCUACGGGAGGCCUUCCUAGUUCGCCUACGCCGAAGGGAUCGCGGAAAGCUGCCGUCCUAGAUCGAGGCUCUCAUUCCGCGAAAAGCACUGUCAAGGAAGAGAAUGCCCUUAGCAAUCCGCAGAAUCAUGCACCAUCCGUGAACACCCCAUCCAGUCCGUCAAAACGCAGCGCUUUGACGACUUCCUCAUUCAAUGUCGUUUCGUCAACGUCUCAGCUACCCCGCUUCGAAUAUCGAAAGCAUCGUCGCCAUGUUUCGUCUCCUGGUGUUAAACCGGCAUCACAUAGGAGGAACUCGCGUGCCGAGGACUGUAAUCGGCCUUUGUCAAGGUCCAUUUCGCAAGCCCAGGAAACGGGCGAUGGAGAUGGAUUCGAUGCUGGAGACAUCGGGGCAGUUGAUGCUGGUUCAGAAAUGGCCGAUGUCCCUCCUGAGAGGAAUGAGAAUCAACCUCCACCCAAAGACCCGAAUUUGCAAUUAUCGAAGAGUUUGCGGUUUGCCACGGACACGGAGGGCGCGGUCUCUACAUGCACAGGACCCCCACCAUCGACAGAGCAAAAUACCUAUCCCGAGCUACCAUCCGCACAAGAAGUUCCCGGUCCACUUGGGGUGUCAGAUCGCGCAAUCUCCUUGCACUCUACCGUCGUGCCAAAGGAUACGAAUACAUAUCAGAAGACCAGUCCCGAUACUCAGCUCUCCACGCAGGCUGCUUUGAUGCAUGCUCAAAGGUCGUUUCAAGAUGACCUAAGCAGCCCACCCGAUCAACAUGGCAUGACUCCUCUUGGGCGGAAGGAGAUAGCGGAACUUGGAAAUGACUCCUUAUUGGCACGCGAAACUCCUCUCUUUCGGCCCAAUACCUCGGAGCGUCUUGUGCCUCGAAGCUUCAGGGAGAUAGAAAAGGACAAGUUCCAAGCUAUGAGCACACAGCACAUGAUCGACGCAACCUCGCCAUUCACGUUCAGCACGGAGAAGAAACAAAAAUCUUCUCAACGCAUUUCGCCAUCCAAGAACCCGUCUAAGCCACAGGCCACCAAAUCUCCGAGGAAGAUCAUGCUUGAAAAAUCCACUUCUCCUGUCCCUGAACCUACCCCCUCACCAGAUGAUGGAUACAAAAUAGCACAGUCCAACAAGCCCUCUCAACGACCUCACACAUUAUCUACCCGUCAAGAACAUGUACAUACCUAUAGAUCAGCGACACAAACGACAUCUUUACCAUUUGCCCUCAGUGGAUCAACUCCCGCCACUGCACAGGAUGGACAGGGAAUUCAGGGCGCGGACAGCUUCGACCUCAGCCAGGCCCUUGUAGAGGCUGGAAUGUAUUUGCAGGAGUCUAUUGAUUUUCCGAAAGAGGCUCCACGCUAG